CCUUAACUUACAUUUAAACCACGUGCAUUGUCGCAGUUGUGGUUUUUUGUUUUAAAAAAAAUUGUGAAAAAUACUUCUUUUUAUUUAAAAUUUUUAAUGAUUUUAAAUAUUUAAUAACAAGAAUGUCUACUUGUAGAAUUCAUAACGUUAGAUUUUAUAAUCUAGAACCAAAAGCGGUAACAUGUUUGUGUUACGGACAGGACAACAAGAAGUUGGCACUUUCGAGGGAUGACAACACCAUUGAAAUAUGGCACGUGGAGAAUGCUCCUUUCAUUUUAGCGACAAUUCCAGGCAAUGCGGAUUAUUCGAUAGAAGCAAUUCUUUGGAUUGGCUCACGUCUCUUUUCCACUGGUCUUCGUGGAAUGAUUGUUGAAUAUGAUUUAAUAAAAUUAGCCUCAAAAUACGAAGUGGCAGUGACUGGAGGUGCUGCAUGGUGUAUGGACGUUAAUCGCAGUAAAACACGUAUGGCAAUCGGUACAGAGGACGGUUAUAUAAAUACAUUUUUCAUAACACCCGAUUCUCUGCUUUACGAGAGAAUUUUCGAUAAGCAAAAAGGAAGAAUUCUCUGUUUAAAAUGGGACAAUUCCGGUGACAUGAUAUUCACGGGAUCAUCCGAUACAGUAAGAGUUUGGAAUUCGACAACUGGUCAUGCAAUUCAUAAAAUGACGACAUCACGAAAAGAGGCGAAGAAGGAAACAAUUGUUUGGUGCUUAGAAGUGACGGACGAAAAUACAAUUGUCUCGGGUGAUUCACGAGGGGUAAUUUGUAUCUGGGAUCCAAAUAUUGGAACAUUAAUUGAAUCGUACGAGAGUCAUACGGCCGAUAUUUUGGCUUUGACGAUGUCGAAUGAUAUGAACAUGUUUUAUUGUGCGGGUGUCGAUCCAGUUAUUAGAAUUUUCUCAAAAGUCAUUUCUAAAGGUCGAACACAAUGGGUACGUGGCACUGAGCGACGAUUACACGUACACGACGUUCGUGCCGUAAUUGAAGCUAAUGGAAAAUUAUAUUCAGCCGGUGUUGAUGGUUAUUUGGCCCAAUCGAGUUAUCCACCGAAAUUUCUCGUCAAAUACCCCCCAUUAUUACAACCACCCUGUGUUACUGUUUGCAAAAAAUCACGUUGCAUUCUCUUGAGAUAUAGUAAUUUUCUCGAAUUAUGGCGAUUAGGUGAAAGUAAAAUAUCAGAUUUUGUUCCAGUUGGUACUUUACAUCAAUUGACAGAAGAACCGGUUAAAUUACUCACAUUGAAAACGAAGGACGAUGAGAAUAUUGUCACGUGUGCUGUUAAUAAGACAUCGAAAAUUAUUGUCUACUCAACUGAUAGUCAUUUGAGAAUUUUUAAUUUCGACGUUGUUGAUGGUAAUGCAAGUCUAUGCAGGAAUGAUACGGAUAUUCCUUUGAAUAAAGUACAGAAAAUUCUCUUCAGUCCCGAUUCGAAACGAAUUGUAACUAUUGAUAACGAUGGGAAAAAUACAGUGAGAUUUUAUGACAUUGAAAAAAAGAGUAGACUGAGAUAUUUCGGUGAAUUUCAAACUGAUAGUGAAUUUAUUCAUCGUGUGGGAUUAGUCUGCUUCUCACCGGAUAAAAAAUAUCUCAUUUGCAAUGAUGAGAGUCGAAUUGUCAUUUAUCAUGUCGACGGGGAUCUUACCAGAGAAUCACUUAAACCCUGGUCAUUACCCAAGUACAGUUGUCCUGUCACUGCAAUGGCUGUUCAGGAAGAUACUCUCAAUUUAGUCGUUGUUUACGCCGAUCACAAGAUUAUUGAAUACAGUAUUUCAUCUCGAAAAUAUACGGAAUUUUCCAAGAGUUUACAAGAUUGUCUACCUCUACAGUGGCUUUCGAGGCCCUUUCCAAUUACAAAUAUAAUUUUCAGUCCUAAAAAUGAAAAUGUCAUAAUAAUGCACGACGACACUUCAGUUUUUGUUCUUAACAAAAAGAACGAAUUGCCCAACAAUAAGGUGAAAAUUGCAAAAUUAGAAAAUGGUGAUUCACGUGACGAUUCGAAUUCUGGUCUUGGUACACAAUCCCAUCACAUGUUUCAAAUCGUUAAAAAAUAUAAGCAUUUGGUGCACUUGGAUUGGUUGAACGACGAAGAGAUGGUAGCAGUGGAAGUUAAUCCAAUAUCAUUAACUGAAAAAUUGCCACCAACAUUAAAGCAAAAGAGCUUUGGAAUGUAAAUAAAUUUUUUAGAAAAGAAAAUGAAGCAGA